AUGGUGGUGACAGGGAGUUCAAUCCUCGCCGAUCAUCACCAGACUACCAGCCCUACCGCCGAGACAGAUCACCGGAUUACGGUCCCUAUCGUGGAGCAGGUUACAGGUAAAAUAUAUCGUGUCCAAGAUGCACAUCGCAUCUGCGUAUUUAGAAUAAUGGCUCGUCGGAAGCCGUUUCGAAAUGCGAUUCCGGAUGUCGCGGUAGCUCUGUUCGUCGCGUGUCUAGCCGCUGCUGUCUCCCACGUGGAUGCGAUAUCCAGUGACGCGCAAGUCGAAGAGAGGCUCAUAGGAUGGAAGGGGGAAAGCUUCAACUCAACCAGGGAGGACGAUCCAUCCCAGCGACAAUGGAUAGAGCUCAUCUCGUGGGAGCCCCGGGCCUUCCUCUUCCACAAUUUCCUGACUGCCAAGGAGUGCCUGUAUCUGAUUCACAAAGCAGCGCCCAACAUGGUCAAGUCAACUGUAGUGGACAGCGACUCAGGCGGCUCCUACAGCAGCAAGAUCCGGACAAGCUCAGGGUCGUUUCUGUCACGGGGAUCGGACGAGGUGGUGGCUUCGAUAGAGAAGAGAAUAUCCGACUUCUCGCACCUGCCUGUGGACCACGGGGAGGCCAUUCACGUGUUGCACUAUGAAGCCUCCCAGGAGUACCAGGCGCACUUUGACUAUUUCCACGAUGAUAUCAAUACGCGCAAUGGGGGGCAAAGGCUUGCUACCGUUUUGAUGUACCUCUCUGAUGUGGAGGAAGGCGGCGAAACAGUGUUCCCAGCAGCGGAGCUCACGCCAGACAACAUCCACUCACCGAUACCGCCGGACUCGCAGCUCUCCCAGUGUGCUAAAGGCAUGCUGGCUGUGAAACCCAAGAGGGGCAAUGCGCUGCUGUUCUGGAACCUGAAGCCAGACACAACCCUUGACCCAAAGAGCUUGCAUGCUGGAUGCCCACCCGAGCUCUUAAGGCGCUUCGCUUGCCACGCCAGAUUCCGAAGGCCCCUCGGGGCUGGCAUGGCGGGCGUCGGCGGGGCGUUCGGUGGGAGCCGGUCGCUGCAGCCAGUUCCUCCAGAGAAGGGCGUGUUCCCAUUGGACCAUUUCGGAGAAUGCAAGCAGGUGAUGCGCGAGUACAUGGAGUGUCUAAAGCAGCACGGCAACCAAUCAGACAAGUGCCGGGACAUCGCAAAGAAGUACUUGCAGUGCCGCAUGGACAGGAACCUCAUGGCCCCUCAGAACCUGUCGGAGCUCGGAUUUGGCUCAGCACCGUCCAUGGGAGAAGCAUCGACAGCAGGAAAAACAACUGCAGGUCAACAGAAUGCUGAGGACCAAGCAGCCGGUGCUUCGGCUGAUGGUCAGAGUAUCACCAUAAAUAGACGAGAGGCCCGAGGGUUCAUAGCGGGAAUUAAUCAAGAAAAGUAUUUUCCAUAG